UAUUAAUAUCAUCUUCUUCACCAUCUAUGCAUAUACUCUAAUUUAUUCAUACAUAUAUGUGUACAUGUCUAUAUAUAUUUAUGUGUGUGUGCGCUCCUAGAUUUCUAAGAUAUAGUCUUUGAACAACAACCAUUGGUAAACAUUGUAAGAAAAGAAAAAAGCAAUUCAAUUAUCAGAGAAAAUGGCAUCCAUCACCUCAGUAUCUUAUGACAGAACCAAAGAGUUGAAGCAAUUCGACGACACAAAAGCUGGUGUUAAAGGACUCGUCGACACCGGAAUACUCAACAUCCCCAAGUUUUUCAUUCGACCAGCCGAGGAUCUUGCCGCCGACGAACUGAAUUCCGGCCAUAAAAACGUCGAAGUUCCCAUCCUAGAUUUAAGCAACAUCGGAUACAGUAUCCGGCGACAGGAGAUUGUAAACGAAAUUAGGAAUGCAUCAGAGGAAUGGGGUUUCUUCCAAGUGAUAAACCAUGGGAUCCCAUUAAGUGUUUUGGAUGAGAUGAUUGAAGCGACACGUUUGUUUAAUGAACAAGAUUUGGAGUUGAAGAUGGAGCUGUAUAGCCGUGACGGUGCAAAGAAAGUGAUAUUCAACUCUAACUCUGAUCUUUACACUGCACAAUCUGCUGAUUGGAGAGACAGUUUGAGGCUUACUUCAUUCGAGUCUAAUCCUGAUUCUUCAUAUUUGCCACCAGUUUACAGGGAACCAACAAUGGAGUAUAAUAAGCACAUCAACAUAUUGGCAAAAACCUUGUUCGAGUUACUAUCGGAGGCACUUGGUCUUCAACUAGACCAUCUAAGCUCAAUGGGAUGCAAUAAAGGUUGUAGCAUUGUGUCCCACUACUAUCCACCUUGCCCUGAACCUGAACUCACUUUAGGUUUAAGGAAACAUGCAGAUGCAGGCAUAAUGGCAUUACUUCUCCAGAACCAUGUCACUGGCCUCCAAGUCCUUCAAGAUGACCAAUGGUUCGAUGUUCACCCUAUUCAAGGUGGUUUGGUCAUAAACAUCGGUGAUCUUCUUCAGAUUUUAUCAAAUGAUAAGUUCAAGAGUGUGAAGCAUAGGGUGACUGCCAAUCAUGUCGGACCCAGAAUUUCGGUGGUAUGUUUUUUUUCAGGACAUGCGGAUAUGCUUGAAGAACCAUUUGGGACAAUCAAAGAACUGAUAUCAGAGACAAAUCCUCCUCGAUACAAAGAAUUUGUGUUGAAGGAAUAUAUCGACAAGGUUUUGUCUAGCCCAAUUGAUAGCAAGCCUGCCAUUGAUUAUUACAAGUUGUGAAGCUAUAAACUAUCAAUUUGCCAUUGGAAUAUUGAUAUUGUUCCAUAGGCAUUUUUAGCAUUUGUGCCUUGAGUUUGAAGUCUUUUGAAAGCUUCUCCUACUUUAAUACCAUACCUAAUGAAAACAACAUAUUGUCUUUUAAGGGAAUAAUUAUAAGUGUUAUUUUCCGUUUUAUGAUAUGAAAUUAAUCUUAUUCGAA